GUGGGAGUGGCGGUGUCGGGUCCGAAACGAAACGGCGGGUUUUCUUUCUUUCUCUUUCCUUUUUUUUCUUUUUUUCUUUUUUUUGCUUCGGAAGCGUAUAAUAACAGCAUAUGGGUGAGGGCGUUUUAUUAGCGCAAGCAAUUGAAUGGCACCGGUUUUUAGCUGGAGGCUGCAGCCAUAGCAUUUGGAGCUAGCCUAGCGGUAUUCCUCCCCCACCUCCACCUCCUCCUCCUCCUGCUCCUCGGUAGAUUCGUCUCGUCGUCGCCGCCGCCUCGCUCCUCCGUCCCUCACUUCCUUGCAGCCCCUGCGCGCCUGCAUGGAGCCGUGGCGCGAUCCGCAUCAUCAGACGUACCCGUAUGGCGGCGUCGUCAGAUCGGCGGUGCAGGUGACGAUGCAGCAGCGGUCCGACGCGGCCGCGGCCGCUGCCGGCGGGGUGCUCAAGAGGAGCCUCGGCGACAUGGAGAGGUGGCAGCAUCAGCAGCAGCAGCAGCGACAGCUCGCGUUGCAGCAGCAGCUGUUCAUGCGUACCGUGAGGCAGCGCACGGCCGCGGCGUCGGCGGCCGUCUCGCCGCUAACCUCGGCGGAUAUCGCGGCUGUUCUAGGCGGGCCCCCGUCCCAGCCUCUGGUUCUGUCCGGGUCCAGCAUGGGAGGGACCCUAGGAUCACCGUCGUCGACGCUGUCGUCCCUCACCACCGCGUCCAGGGCGAUGGCGAUGCCGCUGACGCAACCACAGCUGCAUCUGCAGCGGCAGCACGUGACGUACACGCCUUCGCCGCAGGUGCAGGUCCUUGGAACGGCGAGGGCCCUGGCACCGCCGGCGGCGGCAAGCGACAUGUCCAUCCUGCAGGAGCUCGAGAAGCAGCUACUUGGAGACGACGACGAGGUGGAGGCGGCGAUGAGCGGUACCGGCUCCGCGGUUACCGGGUCCGAGUGGGAGGAGCAACUCAACUCCAUCACCACCGCGCCGUCGCCCCCGCUUCCUGCGGCGAUGACCCCAAACAACAACAACAACAACGCCGUGGGCAUGACGCGGUCGCCCUCGAAUUCGUCCACCUCCACGGCGUCUUCCUCGGCCUCCUGCUCACCGCCGACCUCGGCCACGACUUCACGGCAACUACUUUCGGAAGCGGCGACUGCCAUCGCCGACGGCCACCUUGAAACGGCGGCCACUCAUUUGGCCGCCCUCAAGCGCGCGGCCAACUCACGGGGCGACGUGGAGCAGCGGCUGGUUGCAAUGAUGGUGCCGGCCUUGUCCUCCCGCAUUGUUCAGACGGCCUCAGUCCCGUCGCAACACGUCCCGGACCUCUGUGGUGCCGAGCAGCGCACCGGGUCCCAACUCCUCCACGACAUCUCUCCGUGCUUCCGUCUCGGCCUGCAAGCGGCAAACUUGGCCAUCGUGGACGCCAUCGGCGACCACCGCGCCAUACACCUGGUGGACUUCGACGUCAGUGCCCCGCAACACGCCGACCUCAUCAGGUGCCUCGCUGCACGCCGCCUGCCUGGAACCUCCCUGAAGGUCACCGCCGUCACCGAUCCCUCCUCACCAUUCACGCAGUCUCUGAAAACCACGCUCCCCGCCGCCGGGGAGCAGCUUCAGAAGAUUGCGGAGCGAGCCGGCAUAGAUUACCGGUUCAAAAUGGUCAGCUGCAGAGCAGCGGAGAUAGAAGCAUCCAAGCUGGGCUGCGAGGCUGGGGAGGCGCUGGCUGUCAACCUGGCCUUCGCGCUCUCCCACGUCCCCGACGAGAGCGUCUCGCCGGCGAACCCGCGCGACGAGAUCCUCCGGCGAGUACGCGCCCUCGGCCCGCAGGUCGUGGCCCUCGUGGAGCAGGAGCUGAACUCCAACACAGCCCCGCUGACCACGCGCUUCGCCGACGCCUGCGCGCACUACGGGGCAAUCCUGGAGUCGCUGGACGUCACGUUCCCCCGGGAGAGCGCCGAGAGGGCGCGAGCGGAGGCGGCGCUGGCCGGCAGGGCAGCGAACGCGGUGGGCAGGGAGGGCCCCGAGCGGCUGGAGCGGUGCGAGGUGUUCGGCAAGUGGCGCGCCCGGUUCGGCAUGGCGGGGUUCCGGCCGGUGGCGCUCGGCCCGGGGAUUGCUGACCAGGUCUUGGCCCGGCAGGGCCCCGUCGUGGCCGGGUUCGCCGUCAAGGCGGAGAACGGCGUGCUCCGGCUCGGAUGGAUGGGGCGCGUGGUCACCGUCGCCUCCGCCUGGCGUUAGACCGUGGAGGCCGCGACAUUAUCGCCGUCACCAAACCGGUCGCUUAAUUAAUUCACGCUCUUUUUCUUUUUCUUUCUCUAUUCUCAUUUCCCAUUGGUGCGUGUUGAGUUUGGUAUUGAUCUGGUAAAGCUUAAUUAGUUGUAGCGACUCAUAAUUCUUGGUAGCUAAUGCUAUAUGGAAAGAGUAAAUUAUAUGACAA